AUGCCUCGCCGCGAAGACUUCGAGAUCGCGAUAGUCUGCGGCUUGCCGCUUGAGCACGAUGCCGUCUCCCUCGUUUCCGAUGAAGUUUGGAAAGAGGAUACAGAGAACAGCGACUGCAAGACAGGCCGAAUUGGCCAGCAUCAUGUUGUCCUGGCUCUGCUUCCCGGCAUGGGUAAAGCGAGUGCCGCGAGCACAGCAGCCAACAUCCGUUCGAGCUAUCGCCAUGUACGGCUUUGCUUUGUUGUCAGGGUUUGCGGCGGUGUGCCCCAAACUGGUAAUAAGGAAAUUCUUCUAGGUGAUGUGGUGGUCGGCAAGGGUAUUGUCUCAUACGACUUUGGCAGGCAAUAUCCCGACGGGUUUACGCUUAAAGAUGGCGUCGAAAGCAAUACGGCGAAGCCAGACAGACAUAUUCGCAAACAACUAGCCAUAUUUGAGACCAUCAAUGGCCGUCUCCGACUUCAAGAAGAGAUUGCCAGUUUUCUAGAAAAGCUUCAGGCCAAGGCGACACAGCAGGGGUGCGGAGCGAAAUACGGUUAUCCUGGAGCGGGCGAAGAUAGGCUUUUCAAACCAGAGUAUCGUCACAAACACCGUAUAUCUCCUUCAUGUAUCUGCAGUACAUGCGAGAAGGGAUCCGACCCCGUAUGCGAAGAUGCUGUCAGAUCCUCGUGCUAUGAUCUAGGAUGUGAGGCGCAAUACCUCGUCCCAAGAAUGCGGCUUAAGAGGAAGCGAGGAGGAGAGAUCAAGAAAGCUCAAGAUCCAGCCAUCCAUAUCGGAAUUGUUGGAUCGGGAGACAGAGUCAUCAAAUCUGGGGAACAUCGUGAUAGCAUUGCCAAGCCAAAAGGCAUCAUCGCCUUCGAGAUGGAGGGUGCCGGCAUCAUGGAAGAGAUUCCUUGCGUGGUAGUUAAAGGAGUAUGUGAUUACGCAGACUGCCACAAGAGCAAGAAAUGGCAAGACUUUGCGGCGGCUACUGCGGCCUCUGCGCUACAGGCCAUCUUGGAAUACAUGCCGCCAGCCAGGAGCCGGAAAUACUCUGUCGAGCAAGUCCCGCGACAGGGUCACUUCCUUGUCCCGUUUGGGCGAAACGAGAGUUUCAUCGGCCGAGAAGAUAUCCUGCAGCGGGUUAUCGCGAGAGCCAACCCAGUUGCUAACAGGGAUGAUUGUCAGAGGACGGCUGUCGAAGGCCUUGGAGGCAUCGGCAAGACCCAGAUCGCGCUUGAGGCCGCAUUUCGCCUUCACGACGCCUACUCUGACUGCUCCAUUUUCUGGGUCCCGGCCGUGGAAGCCGCCGGAUUCGAGAACGCCUACCGUGAGAUUGGCCAGAGCCUGGGGGUAACAGGGAUCGACGAGGACUCGGCCGACGUGAAAACUCUCGUAAAGGCUGCUUUGAGCCGCAAGGAUGCAGGGACAUGGCUGCUGAUUGUCGACAACGCUGACGAUGCAGAUCUCGUCUGUGGCCCCACAGGGCUAUUGAGCUUUCUUCCAUAUAGUAGGAUGGGCUCAAUUCUCCUUACGACGCGGAAUCAUCAGAUCACGGUCGAGCUAGAUCUUUCAGAGACCGGCGUUGUCAGUAUACCUAGAAUGAGCCAAACGGAAGCAACCGAGCUGCUACAGAGGAGCCUAGAGGAGGAUCAGACACAGGAUGCUGAAAGCUUAACGAGCCUCCUCGAUUUCCUCGCUUACCUGCCUCUUGCGAUUAAGCAGGCGUCGGCCUACAUGGCCAAGACGAGAAUGGGGAUAUCGAGAUAUCUUCAGCACUGCCGGUCUAGCGACAAAAAAAUGAUCAAACUGUUGAGCAAAGACUUUGAGGACCGCGGCCGCUACAGGGGCAUCGCAAAUGCAGCGGCAACGACCUGGUUGAUUUCCUUUGAGCAAAUCUCGCGGGAUUACCCACUUGCCAUACAGUAUUUGCGAUUCAUGUGUUUCCUUGCUGAGAAAGAAAUCCCCGCAUCCCUGCUAUGGACAGCCGAUGAUGAACUGGAGGCGGAUGAGGCGAUCGGGGCGCUGAAGGCGUAUGCAUUCAUCACCGAACGAGCAGGCCAGGAGCUGUAUGACAUGCACAGACUUGUCCGAUUAGCAAUACACAAUUGGUUGGAAAAUGAUGGAGAGUUUGAGACAAGUGUUACAGCUGCACUGCAUCAGCUCGACGAAGUGUUUCCCAAUCCUAAACAUGAAAAUCGGGCUGACUGGGUGCAAUAUUUGCCGCAUGCAUCAACUGCUUUGAAGUUCGGAGAGUAUUCAACUGACAACAUGGCCAAGUCAAAUAUUCUCAGGAAAGUGGCUCAGAGCAAUUUUCUCCUUGGAAAAUAUCAGGAUGCAGAAAGUCUCUGCGAUCAGGUACGGGAACUACGGACCGAGUUGCUAGGCGCCGAGCAUCCUAACACGCUUAUGAGCAUGACCAACCUCGCACAUAUGCUUCAUCGGCAGGGAAAGAAUAACGAAGCUGAAGCAAUCUAUCUGCAGGUACUGGAACUACGGAUUAAGGUGCUAGGCGCUGAGCAUCCUGAUACGCUAGGUAGCGUGAACAACCUCGUAAUAAUGCUUGAUGAACAGGGGAAGCUCAAUGAGGCUGAGGCAAUUCAUCGGCAGGUACUGGAACUACAGACUAAGUUAUCAGGCGCCGUGCAUCCUAAUACGCUAAGUAGCAUGCAUAACCUCGCAAUUGUGCUUCAUAGACAAGGGAAGCUCAAUGAGUCUGAGACAAUUCACCGGCAGACACUGGAACUAUUUACUAAGGUGGUAGGCGCUGAGCAUCCUAACACGCUAUUCAGCAUGAACAGCCUCGCAAGUGUGCUUUAUGACCAGGGGAAAAACGACGAGUCUGAAGCAAUUCAUCGGCAGGCACUGGAACUACGGCUUAAGGUGCUAGGCGCUGAGCAUCCUGGUACGCGACAGAGCAUAGACAACCUCGCCAUUGUGCUUCGUAUCCAGGGGAAGUACGAUCAGGCUGAGGGGAUUCGAAAGUUCUGA